AUGCUUUCCAUCCGUCCAGCAAUCUGUAGGGCGUGCCGGAGGGCCCAGAUCCGCCCCGUGCGAGGUUUUGCGACCGCCAGCGGCCCCAUCCAGCAGCCGCCCCGCGACAACUACGUCAAGCUCGUCGAGGUCGGCCCUCGCGAUGGCCUGCAGAACGAGAAGAAGACGAUACCCCUCGCCACCAAGAUCGAGCUGAUUGAGAAGCUCGCCAGAACCGGCGUGUCGACGAUUGAAGGUGGCUCAUUCGUCUCUCCGAAAUGGGUUCCGCAGAUGGCCAACUCGAGCGAAAUCCUUGAACACAUCCUCACACGAAAGAUCUCGUCGCCUUCGCAAACCUCCUACUCUUUCCUCGCCCCGAACACCAAGGGCCUGCAGAACGCCCAGGCGCUGCUAGCCAAGUACCCCGGCGCCUUCGCUUCGCAGCACCAACCCUCGGCCGACGCAGCGACCCCCGCGAUCGAGGUGGCAGUCUUCGCGGCCGCCACCGAGUCCUUCUCGAAGAAGAACCUCAACUGCGAUAUCGCGACAUCGCUGGAUCGCUUCCGUGAAGUUAUCCGUGACUCGAAAGCGGCCGGGCUGCGCGUUCGCGCUUACGUCUCCGUCGUCCUCGGGUGCCCCUUUGAGGGCUACGACGUGGACCCGCACAAGGUGGCCGAGAUCGCGACGGACCUUCUCGAGUCGGGCGCCGACGAGAUCUCGCUGGGCGACACCACCGGCAUGGGUACGGCGCCGAGAACCAAGGAAUUGCUGAACUGCAUGCGGGCGGCGGGCAUCAGGAACGAGGAUAUUGCUAUGCACUUCCACGACACGUACGGCCAGGCGCUCGUGAACACGGCGGUGUCGCUGGAGCAUGGCAUUCGUACAUUCGACAGCAGCGUUGGCGGACUUGGCGGAUGUCCUUACAGCCCUGGAGCGACUGGAAAUGUUGCUACGGAGAACAUGAUCUACUUUAUUGAGAGCUUGGGAAUGGAGACUGGUAUUGAUCUGGAUGCUAUGGCUGAUAUUGGUGCUUGGAUCACCGGGGAGUUGAGUAAGAGCAAUGACAGCACUGUUGAGGUCCAGUGGCACUGGGAGCUCCCAGACCCGCGCGCCCCAGGGAUCUUAGUCCAGUGCAGCGCAGUAGACGACACUGCACCUGCCAACCUCCUUCAGCUUCGGUGCACUGCAUACAUCACCGACCAUCGCUCAACCAUCCACGCCUCGCCCGCCCACGCCCUCCCUAUUGACGCCCUCGCCCCCUCCAUUCGCAUAUUCUUCUAA